AACGUCAAAUACUGUAAAUUAAGAAUUGAUUUAGUAACGGGCAGUCAAAUAUUUUCAAACGGAACUUUACUGCUCGGAACCAACGCGAAUCGUCAGUGUUUCCGUGCGGACACAUUACACAAGCGGAAUCUGCGAUUCUUCCUCCUGUCAAAUCGCUGUUCAACCUGUAACGAGUUCGAACGAUGGCCCAAGGCAUGAGUCAGUGAUUAACUCGCCAUGGAGCUAUUUGGAAGCCAUUUGGAUGACUCUGUAUUUUCAGAGGCGAAAGACCGUGGGUCGGUGUGCGUGCCUUCUUAUAACGCUAAAAGCUGCGAGCCGGAGUGGUUUUGCCAAGGUGCCGCUCUUGACACAGAAGACUCUUUGGAAAAGCAGAAAGUUUUUAAGUUUCGGGGUGACCUGGCAACGAGACAGGGCAAAUACCAGGCAGCCCUGGAUGCUUACAGCAGUUGCCUGGAGUGGAUCUCUGACAACAACCUGUCAAUCAAAAGAGAUAUUUUGGAGGGAAUGGCUCGAUGUUACACCAGGUUGGACCAGAGAGACAGAGCAAUGGGCUUACUGGAUCUGCUGAGCAAAGAAGCCUCAAACACAUGUCACCUGACCAGCCUGCUGCUGCUCAAGGUGAGCGUCUACCAACAUUUUGGAGUCAUCGGACCCUGGAUGUCGUCUCUGCAAGAGCUCUGCAGCCUGCUGCCUUUCAACCCCUGGAAUUGGUGCAACCUGGGAAAGAUGUGUCUGCAGCUGUUGGAGGACUCCACAACCUUGAACAAGAAAGGCAAAGAAGCUGAAGAGCAACAGGAGGAACUCUCUGAGGAAAGACUCUGGCUGAAGGCCUGCUUGUGCUUCAUCAGGACGAGACUCCUACUAAGAAUCCUGCAGCAGCAGCAGUCAUCGUUUGUGCUGCGACACAACCAAAAUGUCGUCCAAAUAGCGGAGGACGCGUUGGGACAUCUCAAUCCUGACCAAGCAACUCUUCUCACCCUCACUGAGGUCAUUUCAGAGGACCUGAACCCAGAGAAGAUGAAGGAGGAUUACCAGGACGGUAUGAGUCUGUCUAGUGUUUGUCUGCAGAGUUUUGAGGAGCGCUGGUGGAAUAAGAUCCUACUGAGUGGGGUUCUGGAGACUGAUGGAUAUCACAGGCCGAGCGGCACCAAGUUGUGACGCUUCCUUAAUGUCAACCACAAAUCAUGGUGGUCAAAACAAAGAAGAAGAAAAAAACGAUGGUGAAGUUUGUCGAACUUUUGACAGCCUGUUACCAAAGGAAAAUGCAAAGUGACGACAACAACAA